GACAUUUUCGCGCCCGGCCUAUCCUACACACUUAUCAGAAAGGUGGCAACUCCCGUUGUCAAACGCGGCAUGGCAAGCACGAACCAAGAUAUCCCCGCACUUCAGCUCACUAUAAUCGAAUAUGGUGAGGGACUUCGUGCUGAAAUUGAUGCGCGACCCCUGCUACCUUCCAAGGAUCUGUUGGGAGACAUGCCCGGGAUACACGAAUGGGCUCAACGGCUCCUGAUUGACAUGAGCGCCGACCUAAAGCAUAGCCAGCCCUGGGCGUGCGCAUACUGUGGCCAGCCAGCGAGGGAGACGUGCUACCAAGUCGUGUCCCGGCUGAAUCUGAGCCCUCCAAGAUUGGAUCUAUAUGUAUUUCACGUGUGCGAUUCUGACAACCCCCCAUGCCAAGCUGAGCUCCAAGCAGCUCAGGCGCAGAUGGCGCUAAGGUCAGGCCAGCCGCCGCGGGGAGGCGCGACUCAGAUCCCUCGCCCUCCUGGUGUGGUUUAUCCGCUGGCUAGUAGCUGCGCUUACUGUAAGGAGGAUAAUACUGCCGACAUCCGAGAGAGCACGGUGCUCAACAGGUGCAGCGGUUGCAAACUCACGAGAUAUUGCGGGGUGCAGUGUCAGAAGAAAGACUGGCCACGCCACAAGAAAGUGUGCAAGACGAUCAAAAAUGUCAAAUGGGUCUGGUAAAUGGGCUGAACUGUGCACUAAACGUGGUAAAGAUGGGAGCCCGGACAUGAUUGUCUCGCUCUUCGAAGUACAUCUGCCGAGACGAUCACAGAACGUAAUGCAUAUGUUGUCUGGUCCCACUGAUUAGUUUCCACCUGGACCACUCCAACGGAUCUGCUUCGUGACCUCUCCCCCCGUCUGAAACGUA